UUCAAACUCAUAAUCGAAAUGCGUCCUCUGCCUGGAACCCCGCCUGUAUUUCCGUCAGCUUCUUCGUCACCUCGCUCAGUCACGCCUUGAAGAAGAUCUCAGAAAAAGAACGUGUAACUCAGGCCGCCAUAAUCGGUGCCAGCAUGUUUACAGAACUGAACUCACUUCCGCAUUUUCGCCGCCUCCUCCCCGAGCCUUUCGAAGCCGUUAUCUGCUCAUUAAGAAUGACCCACUUCUUGAAUCGGCAUCCCCAUUCUGUUCCGUUCCUUGAAGCAUUUCUAUACCUCUUUCUCGUUUUUCCGAUUAACCACAGGAGCGAGGAAUAUAUUGGCAGAAUGCUCAGUUUUGGCCGGCCGCUAAGGUAAAGAAAGGGUCAAGGUUCUUAGAAGCGCAGCGAGAAGUUCGAUCAAGAUGCCGAGGAGGAAACCACCUGAAGCUCCAACCGCGCAACCGUCGAGUUCGAAUCAGUUUUAUGCUGCGGUUCUUCAAUAUCAAAAUGAAAAGGUUUUUGAACAACUUCAAGCUCUGAAAGUUGAGUAUAGCAAUUUUGAGGAUAAGUACAAGAAACUUAGAAAACAGCAGGUGAUUUAUGAGGAUACAGUAGCAGCCGUUUAUAAUUCCUGGGAAAAGCUAGUUUCUGAAUUGCAAUCGUGCACUCUUCCACUCUUGUAUCUGCAACUGCUGGACAUAAUUUGCAACAUUUCUAUAAGUUGUAUGUGUCAGGUGGAGCCUACUUCCCCGUUCGGUAUGAUUUUGUUACUAGACUAUUGAAAACUGGUGCAACAACAGAAAGCGGCGCCGAGCCUGGUACUCGAAUGAAUCUUAAUAGACAUCAAACGAAUGAAACAAGAAUAGAAAUGUUGCAGUACAUAAUAAAUACGAUUAAUUGGACAUGGUUUAGAAGUGAUGAAUUUUUGUCUUCACUUAGACCUGCUUUUUCAGAAGAUGGAAUGCAACUACAGAAUUCGAUUGAUGACCUAAGGAUAGAAUUUAGGAGCCUUAUGGUGGCAGUAGAUGACCUGCAUUUGAAGCAUAUACUAUUAGCAAGUAGCAUCCAGAAUCAUAGGGACAGGACUGUUCAAUUUAAAGCUGAGCAAAAGCACUUAGAAGAUAUCAAGUCAGAACUGGAAGAAAGUAACUCCAAAUUGGCUUCAAUUAAGGCACAAAAUGUAGAAAUGGUCAGAAAAGAACAAAAGGAAAUACAGGACAUGGAGGCUUCGCUCAAGGAGUUGAACGAUUUAGUUGCGAGUAGGAUAGUGGAAAUCAGUAAUCUGCAUGGAAGAAGGAUGGAAAUUUCAAAGAAGCUGGUGAACUUGAAGAAUGUUUUGUUGGAUUUCAAGCGUAUCUCUUCUUCCGGAGCUUUUUUAAUGCUAAAAGACCAAGUGGAUAAAUCAAAAAUGGAAUUGGAGAAGUAUCAAAUUUUAUUGAAGAAACUACAGGUUGAGAAGGACAAUUUCCUUGUGCAUGAAAAGGAUGCUAAUUUAGUAGCUGUUAGAGCUGAAAUUAAUGAAAAGAUUCUUGAAAUUUUAAAACCUCUAAUUGAUGAACUAGAGCAAGAGCUGCCAAAACAAUAUCCAGACUGGUACCGGUUAUCAAUGGCGACUAAGAUUGAAGAGAAAUCGAGAGAACCCAGCAGGAGAGUAGUCAUUCAAGAGUUCAAAAAUUUUGUUUCUUCUCGUCAUAAGGAGAUGAGAGACAUGCAAAAUGAAUUGGUUAAAUUAAAAGAUUCUUCUUCUGAAAUUCAUAGCUUGCGAUCUCAAGUGCAUUCUUUAUCUGCCUUACUACAAAGGGAGGCUUACAAAUUGCAGUCUUUAUAUAAUAAAUCUGCGGGCCAGCAUUUCGAGAUAAAAAAUCUGCAUUUGGUG